ACUUUGGCAGUUGGACGCAGGCUUAGAGAGGGAAAAAGUGCCUGUGGCGCGGGGUGGGGUCGGUGGGGCGUGGCGGGGACGCCGUCGUGAAGCCGCCUGCCAGGCCGCGGCGCUUCCGUCCCCGGAGCCUGGAGCCCGCGCAACAUGGCGGCGCCCCGAGCUCGCGGCGGCUGCAGCCUGUCGGGCCUGCUGCCCGCGCAGACCUCGCUGGAGUACGCCCUGCUGGACGCCGUCACCCAGCCCGAGAAGGACGGCCUGGUCUACCAGUAUCUGCAGAAGGUGGACGGCUGGGAGCAGGACCUGGCGGUGCCCGAGUUUCCCGAAGGGUUGGACUGGCUGAACACAGAAGAGCCUAUUUCUGUCUACAAAGAUUUGUGUGGAAAAGUGGUUGUCCUUGACUUCUUCACCUACUGCUGCAUAAACUGUAUUCACCUGUUGCCUGAUCUCCACGAGUUAGAACAGACAUACUCUCAUAAAGAUGGUCUUCUGAUUGUUGGUGUUCACUCAGCUAAGUUUCCAAAUGAAAAAGUCCUGGACAACAUUAAGAGUGCUGUUCUCCGAUACAAUAUCACCCACCCUGUGGUUAACGAUGCAGAUGCCAUUCUUUGGCAAGAACUAGAAGUUUCCUGCUGGCCAACUCUGGUCAUUCUUGGACCCCGUGGAAACAUGCUGUUUUCUCUGAUGGGAGAGGGGCACAAAGAUAAAUUAUUUUUAUAUACUUCAACAGCUUUAAAGUAUUAUAAAGACAGGGGACAGAUCAGAGAUAAUAAGAUCGGUAUCAAACUCUAUAAGGAUACUUUGCCAUCUUCACCAUUGCUGUUUCCUGGCAAAGUAACAGUAGACCAUGCUGCUAAUAGACUGGUAGUAGCAGAUACCGGACACCAUAGAAUUUUGGUCAUUUCGAAGAGCGGACACAUUCAACACAGUAUUGGAGGACCUAAGCCUGGAAAAAAAGAUGGAAUAUUUUCAGAAUCAUCUUUUAACUCUCCACAGGGUGUAGCCAUGGUGAAUAAUACCAUAUAUGUUGCAGACACUGAAAACCACCUCAUAAGAAAGAUUGAUCUAGAAGCUGAGAAGGUGAGCACGGUAGCUGGCAUUGGAGUUCAAGGUACAGAUAAAGAAGGUGGAGCAAAAGGGGAACAGCAGCCCAUUAGCUCCCCUUGGGAUGUUGUUGUUGGAUCAUCAGGUUCAGAAGUCCAGAGAGAUGACAUACUGUGGAUAGCCAUGGCAGGGACCCAUCAGAUAUGGGCACUCCUACUGGACUCUGGCAAACUGCCAAAGAAAAAUGAGCUAAAAAAAGGAACCUGCCUUCGGUUUGCUGGAAGUGGAAGUGAAGAGAAUCGAAACAAUGCGUAUCCUCACAAGGCGGGUUUCGCUCAGCCUUCGGGGAUUUCACUGGCUUCUGAAGACCCCUGGAGCUGUCUCUUUGUAGCAGAUAGUGAGAGCAGUACAGUGAGAACCGUUUCCAUGAAAGAUGGAGCAGUAAAGCACCUCAUAGGAGGAGAAAGAGAUCCCCUGAAUUUAUUUGCUUUUGGUGAUGUUGAUGGAGUAGGCAUCAGUGCAAAGCUUCAACACCCACUUGGAGUAGCAUGGGACAAGAAGAGGAAUUUGCUUUAUGUGGCAGACUCAUAUAAUCACAAGAUUAAAGUUGUGGAUCCAAAAACAAAAACUUGUACAACAUUAGCUGGGACUGGAGACACAAACAAUGUCAUCAAUGCUAGUUUUACUGAGUCAACUUUUAAUGAACCAGGAGGCUUGUGUGUUGGAGAGAAUGGCAGGCUGUUAUAUGUAGCAGACACCAAUAAUCAUCAAAUUAAAGUGAUGGAUUUAGAAUCAAAAACAAUUUCUGUGCUCCCUGUGUUCAGAUCUGACAGUGCUAUAGUUGAUGGCCCAUUCCUAAUAGAAAAAAAGAAGACAGUACCAAAACUACCAAAGUCAGCCCUGCGCAUUGGUCUUUCCCCGGUGGCUGCAUGUCCUGGCCAGAUUCUUCAGUUGAAGCUCAGAUUAGACCUCCCAUCAGGAACAAAGCUGACUGAAGAAGUACCCAGUUGUUGGUUUCUAACAGCUGAAGGCAAUGAGUGGCUUCUUCGAGGACAGAUACCAUCUGGAGACAUAGAGACCAUCUCCAACCAACCAACAAUUUCACUGCAAAUUCCUGAGGACUGCUUGUCACAUGAAGCCAUGCUCUCCAUCAGCGUUUUUCUCUAUUACUGUAGCGCAAACAGCAGUGCAUGCAUGAUGAAGGGAAUUUUGUUCAGUCAGCCUUUACAAAUAACUGAUACACAGCCAGGUUGCAUAGCUCCAGUAGAGCUCAGGUGUGCAUUUUAGCAAGCCAGCUAGCAAGCUCCAAUCCUCAACCCUUACCAUCACUGUAACUUAGAAAAAUAGCUUUAUUUCUGUCUCUGGAUUCCAAAACACCCAUUGGCUCAGUUUUAGCAACCGAUACUAAAGUAAGGCUAUGUUCCUCACUUCCUUAUUUAUUAUAAGAUUCCUUCAUUCUAGCUGUGUACUAGCUAAGUCACUGGCCAUUACUUAAACCACGAUAGUAUAGUCUUUGCUGCUAUUUGAUACAAGACUGAAGUCCACACUAUAGUAAACAAUAUUAUCAUGGAAGAUAAUUUGCAGUGAAUACUGAUAAUAAUAAUACCAGGUAUUUCAACUUUCUCUACCUUUAUUAGUAGCAAUCAGCCUACUUGCAUAUGCAAAUUUCCAAUAACUUUAGGCAGAACUAAGCUCUGUCCACAUGUCUGUGUAAGGACACCUGCCAUUCAAUGCAUAAAGAUCUUGUUUUAAGACAAAAAGGAAAGAAAAAGUAUUUACAGUAAGAAGCUUAAAGAGUGCAUGGGCAGUUAGAUAUGAUUUUUAUUUGUGAUUUUUCUCAUGUGAGGUAUUUUUUUAAGAGUUGUGAUCUAUUUUUAUUAUAAAUUAUUUGUUUUAACAAUAGUUGUUACAUGUUAACAAUUAUAAAUGCCUUAUACUUUAUACAGAAAAAGUUGAGCACGGACUGACUCUAAGGGCAUACUGACCCACUCCUUCAACUUACCUGGGAUUUUUGUCUUGUUUUGUUUUUUUACCAGAUAAUGAUUGCAUCCCCAGAAAUACUAUGACUUUCAAGAAGAAGGGACUUAAGACGGGUUACUGUCUGCAAUAAACAAUUUUUUGGGAUGGCUGAAUCUGUUAUAAAUAGGAAUAUAUGUUGCCUUAGAAAUUUACAUUUCACUUGUAAAGAUUAAAUGCAGAUUUGUUGGGUUUUGGUUUGUUUUUUAUAUUCAGAAUUUAAAUUAUGGUCAUUUAUUGUGAUGCUUUUGGUGACUCACGCCUGUGAUCCUCACUUACCAGGAGGCAGAGAUCAGGAGGAUCAUGGUUUGAAGUCAGCCCAGGCAAAUAGUUCAUG